CUUAACUUACAUACAACAGAGCUUACAAAUCUUUUCUUUCUACUUCUUGCUUUCCAAUCUAAAAUCUCUGUCCUCAAAACGAUGAACACAAAGAAGCUAAUCAAGAUGGCCAAGAAAUGGCAACAAAGAGCAGCACUCCACAGGAGAAGGAUCUCAUUUCAAAGAUCAAAUACUACUACUAGCUCAACCGCCGUAGAAAAGGGUUGUUUUGUGGUUUACACAGCAGAUAAAAUCCGCUUUGCUUUUCCGAUAAGUUAUCUGAGCAACUCUGUUUUCCAAGAGCUCUUGAAUAUGUCUGAAGAAGUGUUCGGCCUCCCCUCAGGUGGACCAAUCACGCUUCCAUUCGAUUCAGUUUUCAUGGAGUAUCUCAUCAAAUUGAUCGAAAGAAGAAUGGAUGAAGAUACUGAAAAGGCUCUAAUAAUGUCAAUCUCUACUGCUAGAUGUUCUUUACCAUGCUCUGUUCAACAACAAGAACUAUUGCUUGUAUUUUAGAGAAAUUAUAGUGUACCCAUUUAGAUAUGUGUUUUGUAAAAUUAUACUGUAUUAGAUACACAGAUUAUUUUCAGUAUACAAACCAUUAUUUUUGUC